GGUAAUCUUGCUCAAAAUACACCACUUUCAUUACGCUGUAAUCCUUUUAGCAGAAACAAUUCAAAAAUGUUUUAGUGCUGGAAACGACAACGUGCCGACAUAUUUUCCAUUCGACUUAAAGUACAAAAAGUGAUCGUAAUUAAAAGAAUGUUAGUCUUCGUAAUUGUCUCAUUGUUUGCCGGUGUUAAGUGUCAGGUUGAUUUAGCGAACUUUUUCGGAGAAUGUCAAAAAACCGAAGAAACCUUCGAUGACUGCGUUAAAGAUGGAUUAAAUUCCUUGAGAGCAUAUUUCAAAACAGGGUUGCCUGACUACAGCAUUGCCCCUUUUGACCCAUUUUUUGCGGCAGAAGUGCCGCAAAAACGAAGUGGACCCUUCUUUAAUUACAAAUUAAUUCUCCGUAAUGUCACCGAAUCUGGAUGGACUUCGUCACAGAUUAAUAAAUUCAGAACCGAUUUUAAUAAAAAUUUCAUCGAGUUUACUCAAUUUUUUCCCGAUAAAAAAUUGAGUGGGUUGUACGAAAUCGAAGGGACUUUUUUUGGCAAUAAAAUCACAAAUCAAGGGUCAUGGAAUUUGAAUUUGCUUGAUUAUGUGCAAACCAUGACCGUUACGAGAAAACCACGACGAGACGCAAAUGGGCAAAUAAUCCCAAAUCCACCACUGAAAGUCCAAGUUAAUGUCCAGUCUUGCAACAAACUGGAACUGCACAUUGGACACUUGGCUGGAGAAAACAUGCUGGAUUGGGUCAUCAACAAUGCCUGGCAGCCAGGUUUCGUGGUCCUAAGACCGCUGAUAAACGAUUUAGUCGGUACAGCAUUUACGGAAAUAUUGAACAAAAAUUUCCAAAACUUCCCGUUUGAAAAAGUGUUUCCCAAUUAGGUUCAAGUACGUGUACUAUUAUGUCAUUUUUCUUUGUACAACAAAUUUGUAAAUUGCAAUAAUUGACAAAAAUUUUAAUUAGCAUUUGGCAAUUGCAACUAAUCAGUGCACACGGAAUUACUCUAUUGUCACUAAUUAUUGUUUCAUAGUAUCGUUUGUAAUUUAAUUACAUACACGAACGCAAUUGUAAAAUUUUCAAGUUGCCAUAAUUAAGAAUUUUGUUAAAGCAUAAUUUGGAAAACACUUAUUAUCACCGGAUUUCUGAAAUAUUGUGUUAUUGUUGUGUGAUUAUUGUACCAUAAAAAUAUUUUUGUACUUAAACUGCAUUAUCAGUAGAAUCCAGAUUAUCGGGACUAAUUCGUUUCGGAUAACUACAGGACAAUAUAGGUAGUAUUGAAAGUUCUAAAGGUUUUGGACAAACUUUUAUUAUUUGAAAUACGAUUACGGAUAAUCGGGAGUCUGCUGUAUUCAAAAAGGAAACAAUAAAUUUGUACUUAAAUUUAAACAUUGUUUUCUCUAUUACUAAACAAGUAAAAUUAAUGUUUAGGCAACUAUUUUUCUAGUCAUUUAAUUUUCAAACUAUUACAUAUUUUUAGCGUAACUUAAUAUUAGCAGAGCCGGGUUUAGCAAUAAAAAUAAACUACUUUGACGAUUAAUAGUAGAUAUUUAUUUGUAAAAAAAUAUAAUAAGUACGUAUUAAGUAACCUAGAAUAGAUUCAACAGCACGUAUGAUGUAUUUUGUUAAAAUAAGUUUGCACUAUCACAUAUCUACCACCAUUAAUAUUUAAUAUUUUUAUUCCACAAAAAAUUAAAGCAUUAAAGCAGCUUUGUGGCCUA